AUGGUGGGCUUUAUUCUCGUCGGCUGUUUUCUGCAAAUUUUGUGUGGAGCGGAGGCAGCUCCUCUCAAUGAGACGCUAACGUUGACUAUCUCUUCCAGGUCUCCCAGACCUGAUGCAGAGGCCUACAUACAAGAAAAGAGCGACGGGGCAAGGGCACCACCCCAAAACGGUCAGGCUUCUCGAGGGAACGAAUCGUAUGAGCCAGAUGUGGUGACUCGUCGUGAGGAGGACUCGGGAGACGGGGUGAAGCGCUCGCAGUCAGCCGUCUCUGAAAACAUCAGUAGACACCGAGCGGAAGUGAUACUGCAAGAGUAUCUGGAUAUGCUGGCUGAAGAAAGUGACGCUCGUCUUGCAUCCGGGAUCCCUAAACCGGAAGAAGGUGGAAACGCAGGAAGAGUAGCGAGCACCACGAGUCAGCUGGUCCCGUUUCACAAGGGCAGGCGCAAGAAAAGCUCCACGUGGUUCAGUGAUAAUGAUGACAUGCAAGUGAGGAACAAGUCAUCAGGUUUUUUCGCGUGGCUCAGUCGCCACCAGAGGAAGGCUACGGUGAUUGUGGGAGCGGCUACAGCUGCGCUCGUGUGUGGACUAGGUUGGUACGGUUGGACAAAGUGGGGGAGAGAUGAAGAUGAAGAUUUCGUCUUAGACUUUGGGCAUGAAAUGUGGCGGCCAGUAGGAGAGCGGCGACCGUAUUCGACAGAUGUCAGUACAGACCCAAGUAUCCUCUCUGGAUCAGGUGACUCCCUUAAGCGCGACCCUCCGCCUUCGACACCACGUGGCAGCCCGCCGGUCGCACCGAGUGGAGGUCCGCCCCUGAGGCGUGCUCUACGGAAGGCCGAUUUAGAAAGUGAUGUUGAACACGAAGACCUGAGAAAGGCUUUCGAUAUUUCACCGAGAUAUCAUCCCCCUCCGUCGUACUAUGCUUCGACCCCAUCUGAGGCCCCUGCUACGCCUCCGCAAGCGUCGACUGCCUCUCCCGCGAGAGCCCAUCCCGACUGA